AUGGUUGAGCGAUGGCGACCGGAGACCCACACAUUUCAUCUCCGCACUGGUGAGACCACUAUCACGCUUCAGGAUUUGGAGGUCAUGUAUGGACUACAGGUAGAUGGACGCCUGUUAUACAUUGAGGAGCCUCAGCUGUUGCCGUCGUAUCGGGAGGAGUUGGCUAGGCUCACUGAUUACGUACCUCAGGAGGGUGAGAUCCAUGGACAGACUCAGAUGUCGAUGGUUGCCCUUUGUACUCACUUACGCCUCUUAGAAAUCGAGCAACCUACUACAGACGACACACCUCAGGUGGAUGUAGAUCGUCGUGCCCGUCUGCACUUACUCAUCAUAUUCGGGGGCAUCCUGUUCCUGAACACAUCAGGUUACCAUGUGAGCUUAAAGUAUUUGUUAUUUCUGGAGGAUCUGGGCGAGUUGGGAUGUUAUAGUUGGGGCGCUGCUAUUCUGGCUUACAUUUAUCGAGCAUUAGGUCGAGCGUCUAUGGGCGAUAAGAGCGAUAAGAGAGAUGUCUCUGGAUUUCACGCGCUCCUCUAG